AUAGCGGCGAGUUAUCGUUACUUACUAGGUGGCGCAACGUGUCCCGGUCCAUCAUUCGGAUUACUUCGAGAUUUAUCUCACACAAAAACAAAGAAAGUUUACUUCCGUGUUCUAUAAAUUCAAUUUAAACGUCUUAAAAUGCCGAAAACUUGUUGUUCCGUACCGGGUUGUCAUGAAAGGGGAGGACAUGAAUACCCGAGUGAUCCUAUAAGAAGGGCGAAAUGGGUACAGGCCGUUCGACGACUUGAUGAAAACACAAUGAAAAUGUGGACGCCAACAAAAUCGUCCGUCGUAUGCAAGAAACACUUUACACCGGAUGACUACAUAAAGGAGACUAUUUUUGGAUUGAAACCUGGAUAUGAACGGCUUCUGGCAACAGCAGUACCUAGUAUUUUUCCUUGGACAACAGCGGAAGGGGAGACAGCAAAAAAUAGGAAAGAAAGAGCUUUGAACAGAGAUUAUAGAAAAAGUGAAUUAGAUAGGUCUUGUAUCUGUUUUCUCUCUAAAAUAACGGGAAAUGUACGUACCUUUCAACCAAUUCAUUCUUACGUCCAGAAAGUCUAGCACCCCUUUUUUUCAAUUCUGCCUUCAGUUGUGGAAUUGUAAAUGAUCCGAACUUAGAUUCCAUUUUUUAAAAGUAAAGAACGUUUGUUUUGAUUUGUCUCAGAAUGAUGCUAAUCGAUAAGGGAUUCUGAUGGACCGGGAACAGUGGCGCCACCUGUCGGUUGGCAGGGGAAGAUAACCAACUA